AUGGGGGACUAUAAUGCAGUGUUGCAAGCUGAAGAUAGACCACAAGGCAGCCAAGUACAAGAUAUAGAGGUUAAAGACUUCAAUGGUUUCAUAAUAGACACUGGUAUACAGCAGCUGAAAACAGUUGGGGGCACAUGCACAUGGACGAAUGGACACAGGAUAAACAAGGAUUUAGUGAAUGCUGAACGGAUGACACAAAUGCCAAUUAUGGAGGUGAAUAUACUCAGGCCAGGGGUAUCUGAUCACUCUCCUUUGAAGAUUGCACUAGAUAAGAGGAACCACAAAAAUUAUAGAGCUUUUAGAUUCUUUAAUUGCGUUGUAGAUCAUACAAGUUUCCUACCAUUAGUAAAGCAAGCAUGGCAAGGAGAAGCAAAAGGGAGCAUGAAAGAAGUCUGGAAGAAACUUAGAAAAGUCAUUAGAGCUAUUAAAGAGCUGAAUAAUACUGAAUUCAGGGGAGUUAGGGACAAGAUUCAGAUCAUUAGAACACAACUACAUCAAAUUCAACAUGACAUGAUAGAUAACAGGCAAGUGCAAGAUAAAAAGGAACAAGAGAAGGCACUGAAACAACAACUGGAGAAAUGGAGUCUAAUUGAGAAGAGUGCUAUGAGACAAAAGUCAAUGGUGCAAUGGUUGAAUCUUGGAGAUGCAAACACAAAUUAUGUCCUUUCUUACAUGAAGAACAGACUGGCACAUAAUACUAUAACUAGUCUUACAACUGCUGCAUGUAUUAGUGUGUAUUCUCAAGAGGAAAUUGAAAAUGAGGCAAUUACAUUUUAUCAAAAACUUCUUGGUCAGAAUGCAUCUAGGUUGCCUAGUGUGGAUAAGAAAGUAAUGAAGGAAGGUGGAAAGUUGAAUAAAGAACAACAAAUGAAAUUAGCAGCUACAGUUACAAUAGAGGAGGUGGAAUCUGCUUUGCAGGAAAUUAAUGAUCUUAAAGCUCCAGGGAAGGAUGGACUCAAUGCUGUUUUUUUUCCAAGAAAGCAUGGCCAGUGA